CUGGGAAUCCUUUGGCUUAUGUAGAACUAGGCAAAAUGGCAAUGGAGGAUGAGAUGGAUAACCAUAAGAGCGAAGGAGGACCAGGCUUAGGAGGCAGUGCCGUACAAAGCGAAGAGGGGCGGAAAGACAGAAAAUCGAUAAAUCCAUAUCGUACCAAAGGGAACCGGAAGGAAAUCUCCUCAGGAGAAAGCUCGGGGAAAGCCGGGGGAAGCAGGCAAGGGACUCAGGAAACCAAGGAGGGCAGGAAUAAGGAUAGGACAAGCUCCCAGAAUUCAGAGGGAGUUGUGUCUAAGAAAGUAACGGUCAUGGAUGCGAGGCGCAAACUAGCGGAGAUAGAAAAAAGGAUCGUGGAGUACAAGGCAAGAUUGAUCGAGGAAAUGAUGACUGGGAACGAAGAAUGCCCUCUGCAGGAAGAACCGCGGGACGAACGGAGGACUGAACGAGGCGGAAUUGGGCAAGGGGAUAAGGGUAGUGACCGUGGGGGAACACCGAGCAAAAGAAGGAAAGAGAGAGAUAACUCUCCGGGGAUGGAAGCGGAGAAAGUUACGAACCCACCAGCCAUAGAUAGUAGGUCUAGCCGCCUGCCGACCAUGCCAGCGGUAACGCGAGGGUGUGAAGGGCUCUGGAGUCUCAGGGAAAGGGUGUUGGGAUGGUUCGACCCGAAAAGAACUGCAAAGACUAGGGAGGGACAGAAGACCGGCAAGGAAGGACCGGAUACCAGUAUGGCGGGCGAGGCCAGUAGCUCCGAAGGCGGCCUUAGGAAGAUAGUAUCAUCCCUCGAGCGAGCACUAAAUAAAAAUCAGGGCUACCUAGCGGACGCUAAGAAAAAGUUGACGUUCGACGGGGCGAACAUCACGGAGUUCCUAAUCGAUUAUGAGAACCUAGAUGCGUUGCUGAAAUGGACCGAAGAAGAAAAGAUGGACCACCUAGGACAGCAUGUGUCAUUGAGCCUAGGGCGGGACGUAAUGGCCAUUGUGGCCGCGAGCCGGUCUUGGAAGGAGAUCCGGGAUGUGAUGAUGAGGAAAUUUAUAGUGGCGGAGAAGAUUGCAACAGAGGCCAACUUAGCAGCAGUUCAAAGGAAGAACUUCGCAACGUACGAUGACUUCCUAUGGGAAUUUACCCGAGUAGCAUUAAGGAUCCCCGGGGUCACGGACCGGAUAAUGAAAGAUGAGCCGGUGGUCGAUAUCAUAUGGGAUCAACUUCGGGGCCGCGGGCCGCAAGUCAACUUCAUUUGGGAAAACGACGGACACGAUAGGGUGAACGCGACCACUCGACUAGGGAUGGCUGGGAGAAGAAUUAUCAGUGACACCGUAAUGGAGGAAGUUGCUGGAGGCUCCGUGCCCCAGGCAGAGCCCGAGGUCGGGGAACCAGAGAAAGUCUACGGGAAGCCAAGGGAAGAGGAGCCUACAGACAAAGUUACCGCUGCUAAAAAGAAGUUUAGAUACAAAAUCCCGAUCUUAACUAUGCCUGAGAUCGACGACACCCUUAGCAAAUUACUAGGAACCAUGGUAUCGAUGUCGUUUCAGACCCUGCUGCAGGCCAACCCUAGGUUGCUCAAAGGGCUUAGACAAUUGUUGACGCGACGGCGAGUAGAGAUAGACGAAAACCCCGAAUCGUCGGAAGGAGGAGAAGAGGAGGAAGCGCCACAAGAAGCCGUUAACCUUCAAAGGAGUCGCGGGGAUUUGGAGGAUCUCGAGAAGGCCUUUGCGGACAUCCGCUUGAGCUUGGUAGACCGAGAAGGUGGCAAAGUCAUGAGGGCACCUCCUGGGACAAAGCUCAGCUUCCACGCGCUACCCGUAGGGAAGUUGAAAAUCCAGAUCGGGACUCAUCAUACCGACGCAUUAGUAGACGGGGGAGCGGAAAUCACUCUCACAAGGAGAGAUUUCGCGACAAUCACGGACUGUACGGUAAAUAAGGAAGUAACAGGGAGCAUCCGAGGAGCCGGUGGGGAAAUUUCUUUCGCUGGGUAUGUCACGAAGUGCGCAGUCAAGGCAGGCGUCAGGGAAUCGAUCUGGUCGUUUCAGCAGAUGACCGUAAUAGAGGAAAUGGAUCACGACAUAAUCCUCGAGAGACCAUGGUGCGGAAACGUAGAAAUGAUAGGCAUGCACUUGCACGAUGGCGCGUACAUGGUAGACAUAGAGGACCCAGUGACCGGCCGGGGUGAGCUCCUCCGACUCCUCGGGACGGGAGAAGAUCCUCCGAUGGGAAAGUUGGCAACAUGGUCGCCGUCAUUCGAAGAUAGCGCACGAAAAGGGGCUUUCGCGCGGAUGGAGGGCUUGAGAGAAAGGGUAGAAAUUAUGAUUGAGGAGGCAUUCAACAAGAAGGAAUGGAUCAAGAUGGGCCCGCCCCAGAAGAAGAGGAAGUAGGAGGACGAAGUCUUAGGUGUU